GGGAAACACUUAUACAAUUUUUAUUUUCAUUUGUGGAUUGGCACAUCUUCUUGGAACAGUUUUGAUUGAUGACAUGUUCCUAGUGUUAAUAAUUCUGCGUUUGCUGAUGGUUGUCGAUGCGGAAAAACUCGAUCCUAGCCAUUGCAAAAAGCGUUUCGUUAUCGAUUGCAAACUAGGAAAAAUAAAAUGGUUUCAUAACCCAGCGGUUGGUAUUUGCCUGCGCAGACUGACUUGUCGAAGCGGAUUUGAUUAUCGAUCCGAGUGCGAAAGCACAUGCAUUGCCGUCCCAAAAAGGAAGGUAAACGAAUCAUCCAAAAUACUUCAAAUGAUAGAUAGGAUGUUGAUGAAAUAUAAAGAAAGUGAAAGGAGAAAAAAGCUGAAAACAACGAAGCCUCCAAAGCUCUCUCAAACUCCUUCACUGGUUACAUCGACCGAUUUAUUAUCAGUUACUACUCCAGAGACUUUUACGAUUGUUAUUGAAAUACCAGAUCUGGAAACCACGGCAUCAUAUCCGGAGGAAACUACUAUAGAGUAUUCUAGCGAAGGAUACAGUAGCACUACAACACUAAGUGCACAAUUGAGUACUAAAACACGUAGAAAUACCGUUAAAAAGAAAAAAGUGGUAGUGAUAGGGUCUAAUCUGACCACAAAAAAGAGUAUAAUUUCCCAAAUUAUAGGAUGGGGGAAAGGGAAAGGAUAAACUAUUUAUUUAAUAUA